UCAUUUCUGUCUGUCAGAAAUCAUGUCUGUACUGUUAUUUAAGGUUAUUUAAACUGUUUUGAUUCCCAUUUUAGUGGAAUGGUUGAAAUAAGGCAAUUUAUUUGAAAAGUUGUUACAAUCACAGAAACCAAAAUGUCUCAAGAAACCAGAACCGUAGAACACACCAUUCCCUUUGAUAUUCUCAACGAUGUGUUAACGAGGUUUAUUAUACUGGUUCCUGAGGCAGCCAAAGAAAAUUUGAUACGUAUUUGCUUCCAAAUCGAACUGGCUCAUUGGUUUUAUUUAGACUUUUACGUAGGCACUGAUGAACGAUGUAAAAGCUGCAGCAUGUAUGAAUUUGCUGCACAUGCUUUUCAGCACAUUCCAUCUCUGAAGUCUGAAAUACCCAGGCUCAGUGAAAUUUUAGAGGAAUGGAAAGAGUAUAAAAUGAGUGUUCCCACAUAUGGGGCAAUUAUUCUCUCUGAAGGCUUAAGCCAUGUCUUACUCGUUCAAAGUUACUGGGCGAAGACAUCCUGGAGUUUUCCAAAAGGAAAGGUAAAUGAAGCUGAAGACCCAGCACAUUGCGCUAUUCGAGAAGUCCUAGAAGAAACCGGAUUCGAUAUAAGCCCUCACAUAAACCCAAAUGACUAUCUCGAAUCAGUUGUAAACGACCAGUUGGCUCGAUUAUAUGUGAUAAAAAAUAUACCCCGUUCAACAGAAUUCAAGCCGCGAACGCGUUGCGAGAUUAAAGCUUGUAACUGGUUUGCAGUGGCGGAUUUGCCAAAUAACAAGAAAGACUUCACACCGAAAGUGAAAAUCGGUGUUGGUCCAAACGCUUUUUUCAUGGUACUGCCGUUUGUCAAGCGGCUGAAAAUGAUCUGCAAUAAUCAAGGAUCGUCAAAAAAAUAUCGACAGAAAUCUGAAAUCGAAUCUGCAGGCAGCAAGAGCAAAGCUAAGAGCAGCACAAAGGCUGAGGAAGUUAAGAAACGUGAUAAAAAGCAUAGCAAAAGGCAGCUAUUUGCAGAAUCUGCUAAAUCGGCAACUAGAGAAUUUUCGGCUCCUUCGUGGGAUAAUUUUAAAUUUGACAUGAAGGCUAUUAUGGAUUGUCUCCAAUAAGAGUGAAACUACGUACAUCUGUUGAAACACUCGAAACUCGAUUUGUAAAAUUUUUAUAGUUGAUAGGAAACUGACUGUUUUUAGUUUGACGAGGAUUGCGAUAAAAUUUUGUUAUUAAUUGCUUUUAUCUUUGUUUGAUAUCAUAGUAAAAGAUACUGCCCGAUUGUAAAGUUAACAUUAACAUGGACGAUUAAAUUAUUUAGUAGA